AUGAUGCGGUCCAAGCGUCGCAAUCAUAAGGACCAACGACUUCAGGCCAAGAAGCUCGCAAAAAGCCAAGCGUUAGCUGCCGAACGGGCCGAGAUGACCGAGGAGCAGAAAACUGAGCUGCGAGAGCGGAUCCGCAUGCAACGAGUGGAGCAAUACCAAAAGCUGGAGGAGGCUCAGUUGCGUGGGGUUCGCGUCGUGGUGGACUUGGCAUUUGCAGUGGAUCAGACAAGUCGAGAGCGCAAUAGCAUCCUGAAGCAGCUCGGGUGUGUUUUCGGAUACCUGAAAAGCUGUCCGCUGGAUAACCUCGUGUCGCUGCAUCUCGCAUCCUGUGCGCAAGAGCUUGCUGCUGUGUGCGCCCAGCAUGGCGCACUUAGCUGGAAGAUUGGAAGGCAUGAAGAACCGCUGGAAGAACUGUACGACGCUGACGAGAUUGUCUACUUAUCGCCAGAUUCAGACAACGUACUCGAGACCCUUGAUCCAGCUUGCGUCUACGUCGUUGGUGGCAUCGUCGACCGCUCUGUUCGCAAGGGUCAGACCAUGACGAAGGCGACUGAGCGUGGCGUUCGAACGGCUCGACUUCCGCUUCAAGAGCACUUUGCUCGAUCUGGUGCGAGGGUUCGAACGCACAUCAUGAACCUCGACUCUGUCAUCAUCGCGCUGAACGAGGUCGCCAACCAUGGCGACUGGGGCCGCGCCUUUGAACGAUCGGUACCUGCUCGAAUCACGCGCUGUAAGGGAGCUUAG